AAUUUCGAGAAACAAGCGGAAGAAGAGUCGACCCCAACGUUAGCCACGUUUGAUGUCUCCAGUUAUUGUCUUCCCAGAACUUCUUCGGAACAGACGUUUGAUUCGUUGGAUUUCACUCAUGAUGGCGAACGACAAAUAGAUGAAAGAAUAGCUGUUCUCGAGUUUGAGUUACGAAAAGCUCGCGAAACGAUUAAGUCAUUGCGCGCCAGCCUUACCGUCUCAUCAGCACAACCGCAGUCAGAGUCCGCACAAUCGGAGUCAGCCCUCCCUUCCGCCCGAUGUGUCGUCACUCCAGUCUCUAACCCUUAUUCACAAACGGAUUCCUCGGAUGACUUGACAACCGGAAAGUCCUAUGAAAUAAGAGCUUUGAAUUAUUUGGUUAACGAAUACCUAAUGAAAUAUAACUACAAAUUGACUUCAAUUACAUUCUGUGAUGAAAACGAAGAGCAAGACUUCGAGAGUUGGGAUGACGUGGGACUCAAUGUCCCGAAACCUUCCGAUCUGUUGACACUCUUUCGAAAUUAUUGGUCCAAUAGUUCUCGAAAUUCAUCUGAAUUU